AAUCACAAGCCGACUUUGAAACUACAAGCAAAAUGUUCAGCAAAAUUGUAGCCUUCGGUGCCCUCUUGGCUGCGGCCAACGCAGGCUACCACGGUCACGCGGUGUCUUCCCAGAGCAUCGUCCGCCACGACGAGGGUGGCCACGCUCCGUUGGGCUAUUACGCUGCGCCCGCGCACUACGCCGCUCCCUUGGUGCACGCCGCUCCCCUGGCCCAUUAUGGCGCUCCCCUGGCCCAUUAUGGCGCUCCCCUGGCCUACGCUGGCCACUACGAAGGUCAUGAUGACUAUGCCCAUGCUCACCCCAAAUACGACUUCGCGUACUCCGUGGCUGACCCGCACACCGGCGACCACAAGUCCCAGCACGAGUCCCGCGACGGUGACGCUGUCCACGGCUACUACUCCCUGGUCCAGCCUGACGGCUCCGUCCGCAAGGUCGAGUACACCGCUGAUGACCACAAUGGCUUCAACGCGGUGGUCCACAACUCCGCCCCGUCCAUCCACCCCGAGCCCGCCUACCACCACUACUAUCAGUCACCUGCUCUGAUUAACAACAAAAUGUUCACUAAAGUGUUCGCCAUCAGCGCUGUCCUAGCGGCCGCCAACGCGGGUCUGCUGCCAGUGCACCACGCCGCGGUGUCCUCCCAGAGCAUAGUGCGCCAUGACGCUCCCGUGCACUACGCCGCGCACUACGCGCCGGCGCACAUCGCCACCGCGCACUACGUCCACGCCGCGCCCGUCGUCCACGCCGCCCCCCUCGUCCAUGCUGCCCCCAUCGCUCAUGAAUACUCCCACCCCAAAUACGACUACUCGUACUCCGUGGCUGACCCGCACACCGGCGACCACAAGUCCCAGCACGAGUCCCGCGACGGCGGCGCCGUGCAUGGCAGCUACUCCCUCGUCGAGCCCGACGGCUCCGUCCGCAAGGUCGAGUACACCGCUGACGACCACCAUGGUUUCAACGCCGUAGUCCACAAGACCGCCGGCCACCACCCCGCGCCCGUUGCGCACGCGGCGCACUACGUCGCGCUCGCGCCCGCCCAUGGGCAUCAUGGCCUCCACUACUAGACUAUAAUGCGCGCGUGCUAUGACUGAUGAAUGUGAUAUUUAAGUGUACAUAUGAUGAUGAAUAUACUCAUGUAAAUAAAUACUCAGCUGCUGAAUA